AUGGCCAGCGUCGAGUUGAAGAGAGAGCCAGCCGAUCCAAGCAAGGCCGAUAAGGACGUGAGUUUAUUAUGUUUAAUAUAUGUUGUGGUAGAUCAGUUUAAAAGUUUGAAAUUCUGAGGUUUGGGUUGAAGAUUGUGUACGCCGAUGAGAUGCUUUAUAUGUCAUCAUGACACAUGUGUAAUAUCACUAUGAUUUUCAAUAUUUUUAUGACAUGAUUAAUAUGUUUUCUAUGUUAAGAGUGAGCACGUUGCCUAUGCGAAAGCCCUCGGAGCCAAAGCCUUGAUCGGAACGGUCACUUAUCCAUUGACCUUCGCUAAAACCCUGUUCCAGUUGGGCUACGAACCAUACCCAUUAAGCACUGGCAGAGUUUUCAUUUUCUUUGGCCGCGAAGCCUACUUCCUUCCAAAUGCCUUCCAGUACUGUAAGUUUUUUUAGGUAGCAAAUUUUGAAAAGAUGCUAUUUUUAGGUGAUAAAUUAUUGAAACAGUUUUUUAGGUAACAAACUUCGAAUUUUUGAUUUUAGGUGACAAAUCUUUUAAAAAAAUAUAAUUUUAGGUAAAAAAUUUUAAAAAAAUGGCGUUAGGUAACAAAUCCAUAAAAAAUGAAAAAAAAAUUAAAAAUUAGGUUAAAAAAUUAGAAAAAAUGUCAUUUUGGAUAAUAAAUUUAAAAAAAAUAAUAUUUUAGGUAAAAAAUUUAUUAAAAAAGUCAUUCUAGGUACUAAAUGCUCAAAAAAUGCAUUUUAGGUAACAAAUUUAUGAAAAAUGCCAUUAUAGGUAACAAAUCUUAACAAAACUCGUACUUUCAGUGAGAAACGUCUACAACGAGCACGGUCUCUCCGCAAUCUUCCGCGGCGCCGAAGCCGGCUUUUUGGGCACCGUCGUCGGCGGAGUCUCAUCGUACGCGUUCGAGAAGUACAUCGACGAGUACUACCCUGACAUUGGUGGUAAUCCAGACAACGUGGACAAGGCUGACGAGGAGUUGACCGACUACGAGAGCUUCAAAGUUCAUGUCAGAGCCGCCAUCAGACAAUCCUUGUCCCAUACUAUUGGAUUGAUCGUGCAGAGACCAUUGAAUGGUAAGGGCGUGGGCGAGGGAAUAUUGAUGGUAAGGGCGUAGGCGGGGGACUAGAUGAACUAGGAAACACGUUUAAAACACAUUUUGUCGUAUAACUUGUCGCCUUUACAAAAAAAUUUCAGUCCUGAUGUUCCGUGAGAUCGCACAGCACAUUGGCGGCGAGUCCAAGUACACCAACGCUCUGUGCGGAAUCCUCCGCGUCGGCGACGAGGAAGGCCCCGCCGGCCUCUUCUCCGGCCUCAUCCCCGCCCUCCUCACCGAGCUGCUGCUGGUGGUGGGCGUUCAAGCCGUCUCCUACACCGCCGAACGAGUCUUGUUGCACCUGGAACGGAACAACAAGGACGACAAACAGGCCGUGGACACGAUCCAGAACCUGAGAAAGGCCUCCAAACUCUUGGUACCAUUCUUGGUUACAGGAUGGUCCUACCCAUACAGUGUGUGCUCCACUGUCAUGAGCGUCACCGGAUCAAAGUAAGGGCGGGUGGUGGGCAUCGGGGAGGUUUUAUGUCUUUUUUAGGGGGAGGGGUUGGGUUGGGGUGGUUUUUUUUUGGGUCUUUGGAAUCAUUGGAAAAAAAAAUUUAAGGGCGGGGUAAUUGAAAUAUGGGGGUGGUUUUUGAAUUUAUGGCGUGUUUUUGGAGGUUUUUUUGGAAAAUUUUUGUUUUUAUGAAUUUAAAAAAUUUAAAAUUUUGUUUUUGGUAUGGAAAAAGACAAAUUAAAAAAAAAUUUAAUUUUUUUAAUUAAAAAAAAUUGAAAUUCCCACCCCUCUACAUCAAUAUUUUCAGCCUGGUUGUAUCCCUCCUCCCAUACGCCCCACUCCAUGGCCACUGGACCGACGCCUACCACUACCUGAAGCCACACGGCCUGACCCGUGGCAACCGCCUCUUCCUCCGCGAACAAAAGGGCGCAGUCAGCGUCGGAUCGGACCAUCAAUUGUACGCCAGCAACAAGUUCUUCAUCUAA